GUUUUUACAUAUAUAUAUAUAUUUUUUAACAGUAGAAGCCCCCGUCAUUUUCCUUAAAUUUACAAGAUGGCUACCGUAGAGUUGAACACCACUGGCACUGAGCGAGACCAAAAGGAGAAAAUGUUGUCCCCCUCUGAAGAGGACUCCCCUGCUGUUUUAAAUGGCAACUCAGCCCCCCUGAAUUUCUCAGAGCUCACACCUUGUCAGUUUGGCAUCUCUGUCCAGAGUUUUACCGCAGUAGGAUCAUCAAACCGCAGAGAUAAGUCUCGUCUAGCACAAAUAAAGGCGAGGCGGCGGUCGAGCAUCGGUGUCCGGGGCUCCCCAGAGACAAACUCUCUCAUCCGCUUCAUGGCACAACAGAGAAUGAAGACUCCACCAACUAACCUAACUCCAGAGUGUGUCAGAAGUAGCCCCUUCCCUCCCCGGGUCACUUCCACACUGAGGCAGAAGAUGGCCUCCUUCCAGAGCCUGAUGGAUAUGGAGGAGAGUGAGGUCUGUGAUCCGAUGCCAAGGCAGGACAGAAACAUUGGAGGAUGCAUCAAGACAAGAGAUUAUCUGUCUGAUGAGAGCAGCAUUGAUGGAGGCAAGGAAAACCACCCUCCAAUGAUGAUGCCCACACCCAAAAAGAGGAGGUGUCUGGGCCCCCUGGAAGCCUGCGAGGUGCAGAUUAGAGAGGCCAGCACUCCUAUCCUCCACUUCAGUUUGAAGGAGCAGGAGGAGGCUGACGAACCAGUGACACAGGUUUUGACACAAGAACCACUGCCAUCCAAAGAGACUGUGGAAGAGGCCCAAGCUGUGCUUAUUUCCCCAGCCCUACAUGAUGACUUUGAGGGCUGUUCCCCCACUAAGAAACAACAGGAUGGUGCCUUUGAACUACAAAGCCCCAGCCAACCGCCACCUGAUGAUCCUGCAGUAGCUUCUCCAGCUCACCCUGCCUCCCCCGUCUACAUCCCCUCUGUCCCUUCUCUGCUGGAGACGAAGCCUACAGGGGAGGAUGACUCCACUGGAAUGUCCUCAGUUAAGAAGAAAAAGAGGGUGCGCUUUGGAGGUCCGCUCUCUCCUGAGUUCUUUGAUAAGAACCUGCCCCCCAGCACCCCACUACAGAAGGGGGGCACACCGGCUCGAGCACCCACACCAGGUCAGGGCUUACAGCUGCGCUCAUUGCUCAAGACGCCACAGAGGAGUGAAUCCCAGACCCCGCAAGCUCAGCCAGACCUCAGCAGCCCCACCAUGUUUGGUGCCUCCCCAACACUUGCAAUGCCUCGCCGCUGCAGAAUGCAGCUUGUGGGAGAGGACAGUGAGGAGACGGUUGGAAAGAUUGUUUUCCCCUCAAUGGAGGAGAUUGACUCUGCAGUGACAAGUGGUGCAGAAUAUAUGUGGGACUCCCAGCCGUUGAACUUAAACACUGCUUUCCAUGAGGAGGCUAUUUCUCUGAGAGAAACAGAGUCUGAGAUUAAACCCAGCACAACCUCCAUCAUGGACGUCCUGGAUGAGCCUGCCUCCUUGCCUGAAAAUGAAAAGCAACCUGAAGCUCCAGCCCCAGUUCCAGCCAGAUCCAGCAACCGAAGGAAAAAGCAGCAAGAACCAGAGCAUGAAUCUACCGGUGAGGCUCCAGCUCGCUCCAGCAGUCGAAAGAGAAAGCAACCAGAGGAGAAUGAACCUGCGAAGAGGUCGACACGCUCUGCUGCCAAGUCGGCCGCCGGGAAGAUGAAGGUGACCUCCACAGCUGCACGUCGGUGGAACAGGGACGUGGACCGCUCCCUGUAUGGCUCUAGGGAAUACGCCUCCAAGAACCCCACCCUGAGUCCCAUCACCGAGAAACUGUCCUUCAUCAGUCAGUCUCCAGCAGCACAGCAGACUCCCUCCAUGAGCUGCACAGAACAUGAAGCCACAAAUCCAGAGACCCAGAUGAACCCUGAAAUGGAUAACGACACUCAAAUGACAGGUGACCUCACUGUGACACACGCCUUGGAAAAUCCUUUAGAAAAUUCAGUCACAUGUCCCAACUCCAGUACAGAAAGCACCACAGGGAGAGGCAGGAGGCUGUCAGGGCAGAGGGUCAGAGGGAGAAGACUGAAAAGGAAGGUCAGUGUUGGCGACUGUGACCUGCUCAGAGAGGAGCCUCAGGACCAGACUGAAGGAAAGACAGAGGAGCACUGUGAAGACCAAACCACUACAAAGCUUGAGGCAUCAAGAGAAACCCAGCUGAACCACACUGUACCUGAACAGGGAGGUGUUGCCAUUGAACUUAAUGCCAGUACACCAAGCACAGACUCAGACAGGAAAUCAGAAUGUCAUGCUGGUCUGAAUGUCUGCCCAUCUCCAGGAGAAGAACUCGACUACACUUUGAAUCUGCCAGCAGAGGUAACAAAAAGGAAAGCCAAACAGAGCAGGAGGAGCUCUGUAAACAGCCCAGCCCUACAGGAGCAGGGGGACCAGGUGGAGGAGCAUCAAAAGAGCCAUGAGGUGGAGCAAAACGGACAGGGAGACCAAGCAAUGAGCGAUCAUGAAAACAAGAGCAGGUCGAGCUCAGACAGCCAGGGAGAGGAGGGAGUAGCUCAUUUGGACCUGGCCCCCUGGCAAGCUGACUUUAAUUUUGAAGAUGUGUUCAAACCUGUCGCCACUAGAGGGCAGCGCUCUGUACGCCGCAGUCUGAGGAACCAGAGCAACAGCAACAGCAGUGCAGGUCUUGCCUGGCUGCCUCGGACCUCUCCUGACUCUGUCAAAGAGGCCCGCAGGAGGACCCGGGGCCGGCGGCUCAGUGCUGCUCCACCCGUCCAACCUUCAGUCUCUGAGGAGACACAAGACGAUGCUUCAUGAGACUGUAAAUUGAUCAGAUGGGAGACUGUGUUUAUUUGAAUGAACUGAGAUUAAAGGGAGAUAAGUGAUGCGUUCAUCACUCUGUCAUACAUGCCUAACCAGCCUGUUUUCUUAAAAUUAAAUGGAAUGAUUUUUCAACGAAGGAGCUGAUUGCUUAACAUUAUCUAAAACCUUAAUGCUUUUGUUCUGCCUGAAUUAUUAGAGCUGACCGAUAAUUUCUUGCCAGAUUCCACGAGGUAACCAAGUUAGUCAAUACACACUGAGAGCCCAGUCGUGUCUGUUGACCACCUCCUAAUCAAUAUCCAACCACUCAGCUGGUAAUCACAGUGCAUCUUCAGUCUCCCUCUCCAAAGUCACUGGAUCGAGCAUCUCCAAAUCAAUAUCUACUCUUUGUGGAUGGAUGGGGAUGGCUGGGGGAGGGGAGAGUGAAUCUGCCUCACACACAGAAAUCAACUUAAUAGGCUCAAAUAAUUCUCUUUAUUUGUGGCAGCUGGAGUUUGUUUUGUUUUUUUCUUCUUCCAGUGACCAUUGAUACUGUUGACAUACAGAAAGAUGUCAGAAGACGUCCCUGUCUCAUUGUGGUAUCUGAACUUUUAAUGGAUGGUCUUAAUACCCUGCUGAUAAUUAAUAGUGAUAGCCAUACAUUGCAUCAAGUUAAAUAUGAGUUGAUGUUCUCAAUGGGUUUCCAGAAAUGUGUACCUUGCUAGACUGAUAAAAUAAAUACUUUGGUUGCGUUCCAUCACACCAAGCUGUGUUCAUUUAAACAGAUG